GUAGGCCUCUGUGUGUAUGAGGAGAAGAGACUCCGAUCGUCUUCAUUCACGUUCAGGCCGUCCAGCUCCUCUAGUGAAACUGGUCCCAGCGAGAAAAGAGUGCGCUCCUCGUCAUUCAGCCUCCUGACCGCCUUCCCUCCAAAUCAGCCAGCACUGAAAAAUAAUGUGUUCAUGCCUUCCACUCUCCUGCAAGAUCGAACACAGAGGAACAGUAAAGACUCGGAGGAAAGUUUGCUUGCUUGGACAGUUAUAAAACCAGCAACAUUGCAGCCUCCACAAGUAACUGUGUCUCCAGACAUCGAGAGUUCGCAGACCAGGACGGAAGAGAAGCUGACCCUAGAAGAAAAAAGCAACGCUCUAGUGAAUCAUGCAGGACAGCCAAAGUCUGCUCAUGGAUCCACCUGCAUCCUGGGGAUGGAAACGAGAUCUAGAAUGCAGCCUUUGGAUCGGAUGUCUCAUAAAUAUACAACAGAUUUUGUCUUUGGUGAGAACAUGGAAAAGAGAGUCAUGAGUCCCAAGAGGCCGACACCGUCUCAGACCAGAGUACCGCUGUGCAGACGGGAAUCCACGUCAGCUAGAUUAUCAAAUAACAGGAACUGGCCUUAUCAGAAGCACAGAUUGCACACGAGCCUCGUAGAGUCAGCUGCAGCAUACACCUCCAGGCCAAGAAUGAAAUAUGAACUGGACCAAGUGAAGGUUAUCACUGGAGAAGAGUCCGAGCGCAAUGUGCUACAGAUUAGCUGCAAGCUCUUUGUGUUUAACAAAGACAAUCAGGUGUGGACAGAAAGAGGACGGGGUUACCUUAGGCUCAAUGACACUGCUGUCAAUGAUAAUGGACCAUUCCGAUCUCGCAUAGUGAUGCGGAAUCAUGGCAAUCUGAAGCUGAUCCUGAACAGUAAAAUCUUCAGUGAGAUGAAGCUGGAGAGAGCGAACAGAAAGAGUCUGCAUAUCACCGCCACUGAUCUGACCGACGGCAGCCUCAAAAUAUUCCUUGUGCAAGCAAGUGUGAAAGAUACAGCACGCCUUCAUGCUGCAAUCCAUCAUCGGCUCAUCGCAAUGAGCAGCUUCCGGUCCAGGCAGGAGCAGAGCAUGUCCGUCACUGAGGAUGAAAACAGCUCCCAUUCACAGCUUCUCAACAGCGAUUCUGAGGAUGAAGAGGAUGACGAAAUGAAACUCUGUUCUAGUAAAAUGUCAGAUCAUCUCCAGUUGAUCCGCCAGCGGCCCGUCCUGUACUCCUGA